AUGUUGAGAUUUGCAGUUGUUGGCGACUAUCGCUGCGGAAAGACUUGCAUGCUUCUCCGCUUCUACUUCGAUACUUUUACGCGCAACCACAUCCCAACACAGUAUGAGCUCUUCAACAAGACCAUCAAUGUUGAUGGCAAGAACGCCGAUCUCGAGCUCUGGGACACGUCAGGCCGAAUAGAGCUGAAGCAGCUGUCCCUUCUCUCCUACCUAGCCUGGGAUGGCAUAUUUCUCUGCUUCAGCGUCGACAGCGACAAUAAGUUCACCAACGCUCAGACCAAAUGGAUCAACCAAAUCCACAUGCAUUGCCACGGUGCCCCGAUCUUCUUCGUCGGCUUGAAGAAGGACACCCGCGUUGGUUCCGGCAUUUGGGCCCCCCUGUUUCCCAGCUUCGAGACUCGUGUCGGCGCGUCCGAAGGUGCAAUGGCAGCCAGAAACCUCGGCGCCGUCAGAUAUAUGGAGUGUUCGGCAAAGACAGGCGAAGGCGUCAACCUGGUCUUCGAGGAGGGUGUUCGAACGAUCCGAGCCAUUCAAUCCGGCAGAGAUUCAAUGGCUCGAGAAAAGUCUCGUGGAACCAGCCUAGGGCACAUGUUGUGUUUCUAG